AUGGCUCGCUCAGCGACGAGCAGCUCCGACAAGGCUCGGGAGGAAGAGGCGGGUGUUGCAGGAGCGGAGAAGGCGGAAGAGAAGCAAAGCCAUGUGAAUAGACAGGCGAAGUCCGAGAGUAAGAGACCGGAGGCAGAAGAUGGUGGCGAAAAGAAAGAGAAGAAGCAGUCCAUGAUUGCAAACGCCUGGAAAAAGCUAGAUUUGGAUAUGGGGACGGCGCUCAUGAUGAUGAAGGCUGCGGUUCCACCGACUAUUGCGCUCGCUAUGUACGAGGCGGAUUCGGUGGCCAGAACUUACUCGACGCUUGGGUACCUGGUCGCUAUAAUCUCCAUCCUGGGAUUCUGUAUCAUGCCUCGAGCGAAGUUCAUCCAGACGAUGGUGAUGAAUGUUAUCGGUGUAUGCAUCGGAGCUGCUGUGGGUCUUCUUAUGCUCUGGUCUGCACUCAAGGCGCGAGAACAUACGACACCAGCAGGAGGGCUUCGGCAACGCUACAAUGCGUCGCAUUCAGCAGUUUGCGCCAUCUGGCUGUUCUUCCAGAUUUGGCUCGCCAAUACGAUCAAGGCGAAGUUUCCUCAAUUUACAUUCCCGACGAUAUUGUAUGCGAUCUUCGUCAAUGUCGCCGCGACUUUUGGACCGCAGUUCCAGACCACAGCGCAGGCGGAAGGUUUUGUCCAGCGGCUGCUCGAAUCAUUCCUGACGGGCCUUGCGCUCGCUACUGGUACAUCUUUGUUCAUCAUGCCCGUCACAUGUCGUAAGGUGGUUACAAAAGAAAUUACCGUAUAUAUUGCAGCGCUCAGAGGAGCGUUGACAGCGCAUAAGAACUACUACCAGAGCCUCGAGACGAAGGACAUGUUCCGGCAGACGACGACCAUCCAACUAGACGAGAAAGGCAAGCCCAGGAAGCCCAAGACGAAGCCGGAGGUCGAAGCUGUUAAGAGGCUGACGUCUACAUUUACUGAGCUACACGGCAAGCUCCAUGGCGACCUACCGUUUGCUAAGCGUGAAUUGGCGUAUGGUAAACUCACGCCAGAGGACUUCGAGAGUAUCUUCAAACACCUACGGGCGAUCAUGAUGCCGUUGGUCGGUCUUGGAUCGCUCAUCGAUCUGUUUGAGCGGCUUGCCGAGAUCCAUCACUGGGAAGGCGAGGAGACUGAUGAGGAAAACGAUGAAUUACGGCCGAAGGUUGUGGGCGAUUGGAAUGAACUUAUGCAGUUCGUGCAUGAGCCCUUCACUACGAUCACACAGUCCAUGGAUCAAGGACUUGAGCAUGUACUUCUUCGACUGCAGCUCACUACGCCACGGAAGAAAGAGAAAGGAGAAGAUGCGACAGAUACGGAAGCGAAGGGCGACAUGGUGAAGCCUGGAGACAAGGAAGACGACAUUGCGCCAUUGGAUGGCAAGCAAGGCAUCAAGCUCCGCGAAGACUUCUUCGAGCAUCCGGACGACAUCCCCGAAGAGCUCCAACUGAGGCCUGUCCAUACACAGCAGCGCAAUCAACAACAGCUCUAUCUCAUCCUCUACAUUGUAUACCUCCUCAACUCCGUCAGCCGCGCGAUUAUCGAAUUCGCCAAAUUCGCAGACGAGAAGGACCAAGCACUUGCGAAGAGCAAGUUCAUCCAUCCCGGCAAGCGACGCUUCAGAAAAUGGGUUGCAAAGACUUUCAGCGCACAAGAUGCCAAUGAAGAAGACGAAACCACGAUUGCAGGCUAUGACCGCGGCAGUGUGGUUGUCUCCAUGGGCGAAGCGUACAACAAGCGGAAGGAUCCUGAGCAUCUGCCGUCUGAGAACGCGUGGGAAAAGUUUGGCGAUUUCGUCAGAGCUACGUCGGGCUUCCUCAGGUCGUCAGAGUCGGCAUUUGGGUUUCGCUGCGCAUGUGCGACGAUGAGUAUAGCCAUCAUUGCGUAUUUGCGCGAUACGCAGACCUUCUUCGUCGAACAACGCCUCGUGUGGGCGAUGAUCAUGGUCGCUAUUUCCAUGACACCUACCGCUGGACAAAGCAUUUUCACCUUCCUCCUCCGUAUCGUCGGCACGGUUUUCGCUAUGAUAAUCGCUUGGUUGAUCUGGUAUAUUCCCGACCAGAAAACACCCGGUAUCAUCGUAAUGUUAUGGGUCUUUGUGGCCCUCGGCUUCUACGUCCCGCUCAAGCGCACGGAUCUUGUCAUCGUGGGACUCAUCAGCGUGGUCACAGCUACUAUGAUUGUGGGCUAUGAGCUCGAGGUCCGCAAGAUUGGCGUCACUGCUGCGUCGUCGAACGGGCAGCCGUACUAUCCUAUCUACGAGCUCGGUCCGUACCGGUUAGCGACCGUUGUUGGGGGUCUCGCUGUUGCAUUUAUUUGGACAUUCUUCCCGUAUCCGAUUACGGAGCAUUCGGCGCUGAGACAGAAGCUUGGAGGCGCGCUGUAUCUUUCGGCGAACUUCUACUCCAUCAUGCAUGAGACAGUCAUGGCAAGGAUCAGGGGCGAUGAAGGGGAUCCGACUGAUAAGGCAUCGCCCGGGUACAAGCUCGAGAAAGCCAGGAAUAAGGUCUUCGCAAAGCAAAUGUUGACACUCCAGGGCCUCAAGACGCACUCCGCGAUGGUCAACUGGGAAUUCCCCUUAGGCGGAAAGUUCCCCAAAAAAGAGUACGACACAAUCAUCGGCUACGUGACAAACAUUGUAAACUAUACCGCGCUCCUCGGUUACGCCUCGAAAACUUUCCUCCACCCAUCCCUCAACUCCUCUGUCGCCGACCCUUCCGCCAGUCAAUGGUUCCAAGACUUUCGCAAACUCAUCACCACCGUAAACGUAACCUCGCACGAAGUGACAUCCCUUCUCGCGCUCCUGUCCUCCAGCAUAACCAACGGGCAGCCACUGCCGCCGUACCUCUCUGCACCACAGUCUUUCGAGCUCGCGCAGAGGUUGGAGGCUGUGGAUAGGGAUGUGCUGAGUAUUAGACAUAUUGCGGAGCCCGGAUAUGCGGCAUUUGCCGUGAUUCAGAUUUGUACAAAGUGUAUUCAUAUGGAUAUCGAAAGGCUGUUGAAGGCGGUGAAGAAGCUUGUUGGAGAGCUAGAUUUUUCGUUCCAUGUCGUUAGCACGCAGGCUUCGAGCGAGACGAGCUCGUCUGAAACACUAAUCAAGACUUCCUCGGGGAGGGGUAAACAGGACUGA